AUGUCAACAGCAGGCUAUUUAAACAAAUACAACAAUAAAAAAUAAAAUGACACCAAAUCCAUAGUAAGUUAAUAAUCGAGUAAGAAAGUAUCAAUUUUAUAAUUUCAUUCAGAGUACAAAUACAGAUCUAAAAACAAAAGAAGACAUAUUGAAUAAAAUGCAAUAGAAUGAAGAAAAGCAUCGAUAACUGAUGAUUGAAAAUAAUAAAAGGAGAAAGGAAUAAGAAAAGAAACUCAAAUAGCAAGAAGAAGAAAAGUAAAAAUAAGCAGCUGCAUUGCUUGAUUAAAGAAAGAAAACAAAGGAACAAGCUUAUGUUAAUUAUCUAAGAAACAAUACUAAAUAAAUCUUGCCUGACUAUCAACCUAGGUAAACUGAUUAUCCUAAACAAAACCCAAAACCUCAAUUAGAAAAAAAAGUAUAAACAAAUUACAAUAAUUUCGAAGCCCUUGAUCUAGAAGUAUCCCAAGUGGCUAAAAACAAAAAGUUGCCUCAAGAAUUCUAAAAACAAUGGGAGGAUUUCGAAGUCAUGAAGAAAAGUGAACUUCUAGAUAGUCUUGAUUUAAGCACAGCUUAGAAAUAAAAACCCGCUCCUAAUUAAAGAAAACAUGAAUUGCAAUAACUACUAGGAUUACCAGAAGAAUGUAGUGAUGACGAGGAGGAUUUGUGGAAAAAUACUAUGAAAAAUGGAUAAUUGGCUAAAUAGAAUUCAAAACCUCCUUUGUCAAAACCUGCCUAAUGGGCUGAAUAAGCUAUAACCUAAGCUGAUGAUGUCUUAUCAAAAAUGAGUUAAAAACAAGGAACAGAAAGAGAUAAAAGAGAAUUAACAUCCUAAAAAUCAUAAUAAGAGCCACUUAAUACUAGAUCGAAGUAGCUCUCUUCAUCAGUCCCCAAAAAUGCUAUGCCCAAUAAUAAAAAUUCUGAGCAAAUGAAGAUAUUGCAAUAAAAAGAAUAACAAUUGCUAGGCUAAUAAAUGUUAAUUCAAAAGCAAUUGUAAUAAAAUACCAUCGAUACUAAUUAGAAUAGCAAUAAUAAUACUAAUCAUUAAAACCCUCCUAGAAAGCCGCCAUAAAAUAUUAGAAUUACGCAUAAACAAAUACAUAAACAACCAAGUAGUGUUCAAGAUGAGUAAAAUCAUAUAUAAGAAUUUCUACGGGUAUUGAAUUGUUAAUAAUAUUAUGAUAGGAGGAUCUAUAAAAUAUUAAUGAUUUGGAGAUACAGCUUUAACUUGAACUUUUGAAUUUGAAUAAAGAGAAUAAGCAAAAGAUAGAGUCAAUUUAACAAAAAUAUGGAGUAAGAAAUUUACAAUCCUCUAAUCAAGUCAACAGAAUAGUGUUUGUUUAAAAUUAAUAUCCAAGUAUUGUGCAUUAAUAUUUUAGUAAAGUCAUAAGAAGAUUAGAUUGAGGCAUCUUUACUAAAAUUAGAUAUGAUGCUUUAACAACCUCCUCAAAAACCAAUAGAAUAAUUGUAGUUUACUAAUUAGCAAUAGCAAUAAUAAACACACUAAGCAAUUCCUUUGUAAUAGAAUACAUAUUAACAAUAAACAUAAUAAUAAUCAAUAAAUUAGUAUGGCUAAUAAUAGCAACUAAGUCCUUAGCAGUAUUAAUAAUUAUUAGAAUAAUAAAAUUUACUCUAGUAAUAAUUAAUAAUGGCGUAAAAAUAAAUACAAUAAAUGCAGUAGUAAACUCAGCAAUAAACAUAAACAUUAAAUUAACAAUAAGGAGAUUUUCCUCAAUUUCCCUCAUAUGUUCUUCAUUAAGAUCAUUAAUCAUUUGUUUAAACAUUUUCAAAUGGAAUACCAUAAUAAUAAUAAUAAUAAUUUUAGUAAUAAUAAAAAUAAUAAUAAUAAUAGUAAUAAACAUUUAAUUCUAAACCAAGAAAUGUUAUUUCAAGUGAUAAUUAAAGUGUUUCAGUAGUUUCUUCUCAAUAAAAUGAUAAAUAUACAUUUGAUUUAGAUUUUGGAGCCCAAAAAAAUCCUUAAAAUACAUACACUUAAUAGGCGCUUAAAAAGAUGACCCAAAAGCAAUCCUAAGUUAAAUCGACUCUUCCAAUAGAGGAAGAAGAAGAGCCAGAGGAAGGGAAAAUAGAGGUUAGAUAGGAUUUAAGAAAUCUACUUUUUGAUUGA